AAAUCAGCGAAAGAGCCGUCAGCGACGCCACUACUGGGCGACAUUUAGUCCGACUUCUGCAUUACGACGUCGGUCGUCGCGGACAAUGUAGGACGAGACCAGCUCGACGCCCAAAAGAUGACGGGCGCAAACGCAAGCAAGCGAAUCAAGGUUGCUCACUCGCCUUCAUCUCAGCCCUCGUUGCGGGACUUGUUCGCCAGGCAGGGAAGCAGCAAUCAUGCGAGCCCAGAGCGGCAGCCAGUGGCGAAGCCGCGCUUUGGCGCCGCAACAAAGACGCAGGAGGACAUCGAGAUGGAAUGGGCCAUUCAAGAGAGCCUCAAAGAUGUCGCCAGGGCCCAGCCAGCCAGCGAGCCAACGGAAGAGGAUGCUCUUUUCGAUGAAGAGCCAUUGCAGGAGCGAGCGGACAAUUCAAAGGAGAAGCAGAUGCAGCUGCCCGGACCGGCUCAGCUGGAAAGCUCCGCAAAGGCGCCGCCCACGAGCUCAUUCAAUGCAUUCUCGAGGCUCAUGUCUUCGCACUCCGAGGCCAAGGAGUGGGCGUCAGCGGACGUCAUUGAGGCGAACAACUACACGGGCGCAGCACGCUCGAGGCCCGACCGCAGAACGGCUCCCUUCUACAAGGUGCUUACAGGCAUGCCGAUCUCCGUCGACGCUUUCCGAUUUGGCGCUAUACCAGGGUGUAACGCCUACUUUCUCAGCCACUUCCACGCUGACCAUUAUGGCGGCCUGACCUCGGCAUGGACCCAUGGACCAAUUUACUGCUCUGUGACGACGGCCAACCUCGUCCGCAGCUCACUUCGAGUCCAGGACAUCCAUGUCGAACCGCUUCCCAUGAAUGAGACGAUCACGAUCCCGCGGACAAACGGCGUCAAGGUCACUCUCCUCGAUGCCAAUCACUGUCCAGGCUCGUGCCUCUUUCUUUUCGAAGGCCCUCAGAGCAUCAAUAUCCUUGCCCCACCCCGAGGCUGCAAACCGCAGGCCAUCGCACCGCCUCACAUUACGUUCCGGUACCUUCACUGCGGCGAUUUCAGGGCCAGCCCACGACACAUUGAGCAUCCGGCCAUCAAGGGCAAGCGCCUCGACAUUGUUUAUCUGGACACGACCUACCUCAACCCGAGGUACUGCUUCCCGGCCCAGGAGCAAGUAGUCAAUGCGUGCGCCCAGGCCGUCCGAGAGGCGGCACCAGGCCAGACGGAUGCGUGCAGGUGGCAAGGAGGUGUUCAAGAUCAUGAUGAGGAGGAUUGGAGGGUGAGCCCACUCAAGGGGAAAAAGCUCCGGGAGGCCAUGCAGAUGAAGAGGGAUCAACCGAGCGCGGAUCAGAUGAGAUCCUGGCUCGGAUCGUCGUCAUCGUCGUCUACAGUAAAGGACGAGGUCAAGGAAGAGAUAGACGAAGACGAAGAUUUGGCGGGUCUCGACUUUAGGGACGAGGAGCCCAUGGUGGGUCAGGAUCGAGAGGGCAGCAUGAAAGUCGAAGAGGACGAGGCAGAGGACGAAGACGAGGAAGAGACUCUGGGAGAAGACCAUCAGGACGAAGGUGCCCAAGAGUGCGAAGAUGGCACUGCACCACCUGAAGCUAUCAAUAAGGGAAUCAAGGUCAAGCUGGAGCCACAGGAAGACUCACUGGAGCUAGAUCCUCAAGCUGGGCUCUUCAUCGAUGCCAAGAGUAAGGUGAAGCACGAGAAUGACGACGAGGCCAACACUGGAGACAUGAGCAUACAACCGUCGUCAACCAUCGAGGCCCAGGCAAAGGAGGACGAAUGUCCGACGACUCCCACAAAUGAGAUCAAUACCGCAGGGACCGAGAAAGACAUCAAAAAGGAGGUUCCUGUUACCCCUAAAGACGAGAAGCCAAAGGAUCAGAGCAGGAUCCUUGUCGUUGUGGGCACCUACACAAUCGGCAAGGAGAAGAUUGUCCUGGCAUGUGCACGAGCCCUCAACACGAAGAUUUACUGCACCGACUCUCGGAAGUACCGCGUGUAUGCACAGCUGGACGAUGCUGAGCUUCACUCGCUUCUAACACGAGAUCCUCUUCGCGCGGCCGUCCAUGUCACCUCGCUCAUGACGAUCAAUGGCGACGCGUUACGGGAUCACGUCAGCGCGAUGCGCAAGCUUGGCGCGCGGAUCGACCGCGCUAUUGCCUUUCGACCAACCGGGUGGACCUACAGGCCACCGCCAGGUGCAGACCUUGUCUCGCCAAGCCUCGAUCGAGUCAUUCAAUGGAACCAGUCUCGACGCUUCGGCUCUGGCAAUCUCUUCCCGACAAGGGACAGCACGAGGGAGUACAGCAUCUACGGUGUGCCGUACAGCGAGCACUCGAGCUUCUUUGAACUUUCGGCUUUUGCCCUCUCGCUCGACUAUGUCAAGAUCAUCGCCACGGUCAAUGUAGGCUCGGCCAAUAGCCGCGCAAAGAUGGCUCGAUGGUUCGAGAAGUGGAAGUCGGAGAAGAAGAGGAGGGAAUACAAGCCGGUGGUGCCGAGGGACCCCGACUACUUUUGAUCGAUGCCAUUUCCCAUGUCCUGCUGUAACAUAUAAGACUUUUGUGCACUGCAUAUUCAUUCCAGCUCUGAUGAUGCCGGCGUUGCCUCCUUGUCAAAAUCAGACAUGUCGAUGGCUCAUCGAUGCUUCUAGGCUUUCCAGAACCAGCUGGCGACCCUCAGUCUCAUGAAACAGGCCCACGACUGAAUAGAAAGACGGCAUUGCAAUUGAGACAAUAGCCAGCUACGAAGAAGAAAGCAGGAGGCGGAGCACUAGAUUCGACUAGCGAAUGGGCCGCCAACCUUGAAAAGGAGAAAGAAAGAUAGGAUGAAACGAGGAAAGAUGAGAAAGAAAGC